ACCAUCCCCCCCCCCAUCUAUGUGAUUAGGGAUAGGGUUUUAUACAUAGUUCAAUUAACUAUUCAUCGAAGAUUCUAUUCUGAAUAAGCGCGGCUGUAUUGUAUAGUGAUACAGGAGUCGUAUACACAUAUAAAUUGCACUAGGAUUUUAGGGUUUUCUGUUCUGUCUUAAUUCGAUCUUUCAAUGCCUGUCAAUUAUUUGGUGGUUUAGUAUCUUUAUGGCGCCGAACCGAAGAAAAGGUGCCAACAAGGCGGCGGCAGCGGCUGCCGCCCGGCGGAAAUGGAAGGUCGGCGAUCUCGUACUUGCCAAAGUCAAAGGAUUUCCAGCCUGGCCUGCUACUGUGAGUGAGGCGGAGAGAUGGGGUUACCCAGCUGAUUGGAAGAAAGUUGUAGUUUUCUUUUUUGGGACUGAACAAAUUGCCUUCUGUAAUCCUGCUGAUGUAGAAGAAUUCACAGAAGACAAGAAAGUAUCUCUGUUGGGAAAACGCCAUGGUGCUGAUUUUGUUCGUGCGGUAAAUGAGAUAAUUGAUUGCUUUGAGAAGUUGAAGAAACAGGACCAUGUGGGUGGGGCUAGUGGUACUGAUGAAACUAAUAUUACCAAUGAAAACAACUCAGAUGAAUCCUUGACUAAAUGUGUGAAGGAUGUACCUCCUGCAGUUGCAGAUGAACCGCUUUCUACGGGGACUGCAAAUGAUUUGAAUUCCCUAACUGAAGCUGCUGUAGCUGCAGCAGCUGAAGAUGCUUUGCAUGACGAGGAGACGCAAUUGGGGCAGACAUCUUCUAAUACCGUGUCUACAAAAACACCUGUGUCCACCACUUGCUUGGCAAAAAGCAAAACUGAUGGUGGCCGAUCACGAAACAGUAGCUCACAGAGGAGGAAAUCUGCUCGCAAGUUAAGUUCUUCAAAGAAUGAUGCUAGUAGACCCCGAAGCACCAUGCUGCCUUCUAUCAAUAACACUAGGAGCUCAAGGCGCUCGAUUGUUAAUAAGAGAUCUUUGAGGAGAAGUAGGAGGAUUAUCAAAUCAUCCGAUGAUUCUGAGGGACAAGAUGCUGAUUCACUUGAUUUUGUAUCAAAUGAUAGCAUUGCAGAUAGUGAUUCUGAAAUGAUGACAGUGGACUCUGAUAUGCCUAGCAUACAAAAUGGCAUCAGGACGGGUAGUAAGCCAGUGGGGGUGGAGGCGCCCCUGUCUGAGAAUAAUGAAAGGGUAACAGACUUGAGUCAUGGGCUUGACCUUCAAAGUAGCAAUAUCAUCAUUAAGAAGAAAAGGAGGCCUAGCCGAAAAAGACACAACAAUGAUAUUGUUGAAACAGCUAAACAUGACAUAGUAGCUUCUGAUGCUGAAGUGCUAAAAAAUGAAUGUGUUUCGCCUAGUUUUAGUGAGAAAUCAGUGGAACGAUAUGGUAAGGAUGAUGGUGACGAACACUUGCCUUUAGUCAAAAGAGCCAGAGUUCGUAUGGGCCGACCAUCACCAGCAGCGGAGGAAGAAGUCACUUUACUGCAUAAAGAGGAAAAAACAGUUGAAGUUCCUGAAAGUCUUUCUAUGCCAUCUUUUGAUACUUUAAGUUGCAAGGUUGAUGCUCUUGAUGACACAGAAUCUGUUCCCAUUAAAGUAGAUCCGGCUCUUUCUUCUUUAUCACAUGUAAUUCAUGUUAAAAACCCUCACCUUUGUGAAAUUAGAAAGAAUCCUGUCGAUAUGGAAGCUGCUUUACCCAUUAGAGAGAAUCCUGUGGAUAUGGAAGCUACUUUACCCAUUAGAAAGAAUCUUGCGGAUGUGGAAGCUGCUUUACCCAUUAGAAAGAAUCUUGCGGAUGUGGAAGCUGCUUUACCCAUUAGAAAGAAUCUUGCGGAUGUGGAAGCUGCUUUACCCAUUAGAAAGAAUCUUGUGGAUGUGGAAGCUGCUUUACCUCCAUCAAAACGCCUUCAUCGUGCCUUGGAGGCCAUGUCAGCUAACCUGGCUGAAGAUUGUCAAAGGGCUUCAAACUGUUCACCAGCAGCAAAUAUUCUGAGCAAUGGAUGUUGUCCUCCUUCAUCCGUGGAAUGCUCUGAGCUCUCCGUAGAAACGAAAGCCGCGAUCGAAUCGAAAUCAGGGACUGUGGAGAUUUUGAGCAAUCGUAAUUCUCCGUCGAGUGCUUCUGAGUUAUGUUUUGUGUCAGAAGUGGGAAUGUCAGGAAAUGAUACAGAAAGUAUUUCAGUCGUAUCAAAUUGUGGUAAUAUUCAUAGCAUUGAUGGCACAAAUCCUGAUUCGUGCAGAGAUUCAUUUGAAAAUACAGAAGGGGCUGAUAAUAAACGUCUAAAACUCUCCUCAUUAAAUGAGGUCACUGCAGGAAUUGAUGCCGAGCAUCACUUACAACAAGAUACACUUGAUGUUGCUGAACAAUUGGCUCAUUUACACUGCGAUUCCACUGGCCUAGCAAUGUUUCCCACUGAUCACUGCAAGACUGAACACCCAGAGUUGGAUGAAGCUAGUAAGGGAUCUGAUCCCUGUAUUCAGCUUGACAAUACAGAGGGCGUAGGUGAUGAAACACGCAAGAUGAAGAACCUUCAAUUACCUGAGAUAAACCAGGACAGUAACAAGUCUGAGUUUUUGAAAGAAGCAAGACCGGAAUCCUUGAGUUCAAAUAUUGCGUGCUCUGUUGCUCCUGUGAAGGUUCUGAAUGAUGGUCAUCAUCAAUUUCAGUUUCGUUCUACUUCUAUUUCCCAUGAGCAUGUGGAUGAUAGAACUAUUUCAGUCACUCACUCCUCUUCAUCUCUGACUGAUGCACCAUAUUCUGUGGCAAGGGCAUCCCCUCCCAGUUCUUCCAUAUGCAACAACACUGCAUUAUAUAGUAAUAAAUCUCUUGAAAGUAACUCCUGCAGCCCUGAUGUCCAGUUACAUCUAGAAAAAGCGAAACUUGCUGGUAAAUCUAGUAGCAAAGCGGGAUCUUUGUUGUCCUUUGAAGCCAUCAUUAGAUCAUUGACAAGAACGAAAGAGAGCAUUGGUCGAGCUACACGGAUUGCAAUUGACUGUGCUAAAAGUGGUUUUGCAACUAAGGUGGUGGAAAUACUGGCACGGAAUUUGGAAAGCGAGUCAAGUUUGCACAAAAAAGUUGACCUGUUUUUCCUUGUUGAUUCUAUCGCUCAGUCCUCUCGAGGCAUUAAAGGUGAUGGUGGCGUAUAUCCCUCCGCAAUCCAGGCUCUGUUGCCUCGCUUAUUGUUAGCUGCAGCCCCUCCUGGUAGUAAUUUUCAUGAGAAUCAUAGGCAGUGCUUGAAAGUUUUAAGAGUGUGGCAGGAGAGGAAGAUUGUUCCAGAACCAAUAAUCCGCCACCACAUCCGAGAGCUUGAUUCCCUUUGCGGUUCGUAUCCUACUAUUGGAUCUAAUCGAACUUUACGAAGUGAAAGGCCUAUUGAUGAUCCUAUCAGAGGAAUGGAGGGUAUGCAGGUUGACGAAUAUGGAAGCAAUGCAAGCAUUCAGCUUCCUGGGUUCUCCAUGCUUCCUAUGGUGAGGGACGAUGACGGUGGGAGCGAUUCUGAUGGAGAGAGCUUUGAGGCAGUUACUCGAGAGCAUAACCUUGAAAAUUUUGAUGGAGAAAAGACACAGCUGGUCCCUGCAGUUGAGAAGCGAAGCCAUAUCUUGGAAGAUGUUGAUGGAGAGAUAGAAAUGGAAGAUGUGGCUCCUUGUUGUGAUGUUGAAAUUACUUCCACCGUUAAUAAUACAGAAGCAGAUCACACGCGAAUGUCACAUUUCCCAUCUGAUAACCAUUAUGGGGCACCAUUUACCCAUCAACAACCUAGGGAUGUACCGCUGGCAUCUACUCCUUUGUCUAGGUCUUCCCCUCCACCACCUCCACCUCCAUCUAGACCACCUCAUCAACUUCUACCUCCUGUUUUUCCUCCUGCAGUGCAUAACUCUGUUUCAAAUGGUCCCGACUCAAAGCCUUAUUCCAGUUCUCAGAAUCUCAAUAGCAAUAUGCAGAAGUCCAUGACGAACCAGUCUGUUUUCUCAAGACUCAAGCCAAUGCCCAGGGAUGAUGUGCAUCAUCAUCGUAUUCAUGAAAAUAAAGAUUUUGAAGCUCAGUUGCCAAGACAGAUGCCUGCCUCAAGUAGUGCUUGUUCUUUCAGCAAUCGAUCUACCUCCCGUUCGUCUGGUCGAGACUCUAAUAGCAUCCCGCCAAAUGAUUCUUUCGGCAAGGGUUAUCAUUUGCCCCCACCUCAUCCUGCCCCUUCAAAUCAGUUUUCAUAUGUACAAGAACAACGAACACAAUCGAGAAGGGAUAUCCCACCGCCUUCCCAUCCCAACAGAUUCCAUUCGCGUAAUACAGAAGACGCGAAUUUUUAUAGGGAUCGUGACAUAAAUAAAUUUGGCCGACGUGAUAAUAUUGGAGAGUGCUGGAGGCCUCCAUUUCCAUCCAUCUCUGGUCCAUGCUAUCCUGAUGAUGCGAGGAUGAGUCAUGCACCCGCGUCAUACAACGGUCCACCCCGUGAGCCGCCAUUACCUAACAGUAAAUGGGAUUAUCCUUCUCGGCCCGUCAACCACAAACAUUUCCAUCCUUACAAGCCACCUUCAAAAGGUCCUAUUCCUGUGGAAAAUAGAGGUCUUAAUUUCUGGAGACCAAGUUGCCAAAUGAUUAGAUGGUGGGAGGCUGUCUGGUGGGGGGACAUGAAAAGGAAAAAUUGGAGGAGGUGGAGGAGGUAUACAGAAAUGGGUGCUUCUCCUUCUUCACUCCCUCAAAAAUCCAUCCACGAAUUUUCCGUCAAGAACAGCAGAGGUAAAGAUGUGAACUUGAAUUUAUACAAGGGGAAGGUCUUGCUUGUUGUUAAUGUUGCUUCCAAAUGUGGUUUCACCAAAGCAAAUUACACCCAGCUCACACAGGUUUACUCCAAGUACAAGGAUCAAGGUUUAGAGAUAUUGGCAUUUCCAUGUAACCAAUUCUUGUAUCAAGAGCCUGGAUCGAGCCAAGAAGCCGAAGAAUUUGCUUGCACAAGAUUCAAGGCUGAGUAUCCCAUCUUCCAAAAGGUAAGAGUGAACGGACCAAAUGCAGCACCCGUUUAUAAGUUCCUGAAAGCAAGUAAAGGCGGUUUUUGUGGGUCCCGCAUAAAAUGGAACUUCACCAAGUUUUUAGUCGACAAAGAUGGGCACGUAAUCAAACGUUAUGGAUCAACUACCACACCCCGGGCAAUUGAGGGGGAUAUAAAGAAAGCUCUAGGAGAAACUUGACCGACCUGUUAUUUAGUUUGGACGUUGAAACGAGAGAGACCCCGAGUAGCAUAACGGAAGCUGGUAUGUAAACUAUGUAGAAUGCAUCAAACAAAAUGUUAAUUAUAUUCACUUAUUUUUGUUUAAUGCACUUCUUAUGGUACUUGUGGUCUUGUUUAUUUGUAUGACAUUCGGAAAAGAAAUGGUUGAAUAUAUUCUACGGUCUUCGUUGAUUUUAUCCA